GGCGGUGGAGGACGAGGAGGGCGGUGAUUGGCGGCGGGGCCGCUCCCGGACGUGAGGCGGCAGCGGGGCCAUGGAGCUGGGGGACCGCGGCGGGGCCGGGGCCGGGCCCGGCCCGGGGAAACCGGCGCUGGAGCGGGAGGGCCUCGAGCUGCUGCAGCACACGGUGGGCGCCCUGCUGUCCAGCUAUGGCUGGUACAUCCUCCUGGCCUGCGUCGCCAUCUAUCUCAUCGUCCAGAAGAUAUCCCAAAACUUGAGGAUGAGGCCCAACAGCCAGCAAGGAGCCGCUGGCGCAGCUGUCGAACCUGACAUGGUGGUAAGAAGACAAGAAGCUUUAUUGGCGUCUCGCCUCAGGAUGCAAGAGGAGUUGAAUGCACAAGCAGAAAGAUACAAAGAAAAACAACGACAGCUUGAAGAGCAGAAGCGAAGGCAGAAGAUAGAAAUGUGGGAAAGUAUGCAAGAGGGAAAAAGUUACAAAGGCAACCUGAAACUGAGUCAGCAAGAAGCAGAAUCUGGUGCCUCCACCUCAUCAGCAGUCCCAAAAUCUAAACCAAACAAAAAGCCUUUGCGAGGAGGUGGCUAUAACCCCCUGUCUGGAGAAGGAGGAGGAACUUGUUCCUGGAGACCAGGCCGCAGAGGCCCCUCAGCGGGUGGAUGAGGCUAACCUGCCUAGUGUCCCACGUCACUAGCAGGCUUCAUCACACCCACUGUCUGACUGCCUACAGGUUGCGUGUCACAGAGACUCUUUGGGGAUCUGCUUUGGCGCAGGUGUUAACUUAAAACGAAUUUAUGCAAUUUCCAAAUAUACACAGCAGCUGAUAGUACACAAGAAAAACACCUGGUCCUCUUAGAGGGGAUGAAGAAAGAAGUAAUGUCAGUGUAAUCGGUUUGGUUUUUUUUCUCUUCUUAAGAGAGGAAGCACAGUCUCCAGCCAGGAUGUAUCACUUGUGGUUGUGAGAGCUGGGUUCUGUGGCUGGCCAUGCGAAAGACUGGCCUCAAACAAAUGAAUGGCUAGACCUCAGUUUAGCUGCUUAAAAUGAGGGAAUUUGCCAACCUUAGACACAUGUAAUGGGAUUGACUUGUUUGGCUGGAAGGUCUUUAGGAGGGAAGAAUAUUAUCACUGGCAGGCGGCUUCAAUUUUGGGAGGAGGGACUUUGGGAAAACCUGGGUGAACUGACCAAUACCUUGGGUUUGCACCAAAAGCUAUUUAUUGUGGAAGAGUCUCUGUGACAAGCUGCUUUGAAUGACGUUCUCCUUACAAAUGGUAAACAAACCAAUGAGGAUUACUGAUGCUAGACAGCAGAUGGGGGUUUCUUGCUAUUCUUUUUUUUUUUUUUAAUUUUCAACUGCUUUGUAAAAACAAUACAAUUAAUAUUAAAUAUAAUUGCAAACAAACCGUAAAUCUAGUAUUUACAAUCUUGUGGUUUUCUGCAGCAUCUUUUUUAUAUGGAAGGCAUAUGUUCUAGGGCAAUAAAUGCGACUAAAGCAGAACGCUGAAGCGUUUUGUGUAUGCGUGUAAAGCAAAACAUGUGUGAGAUCAAAUGAAAUAGUUUUCAUUUGGUUAUCUCCAUAAACAAGAGCUGUUUUGUUGGUUUAUUUUUCAACUAUUCCUUUGGUUUUUAGCAGUUUUGUUUUCUUUAGGUGUUCUGUGUUCCCAGUUAUGCUUUCUGGAAGAAUCACCUUCGGGUUAAGAUCGAAUCAAAUUUCCUCAGGUUUAGGAAGUGAAACUCCCCAUUCCCUUCCCCACCUCCAGUGAUUCUGACAUGGGAUGGGCUGUUUGCAGUUGUUCAGCACUUCAUCCAUAGCUGAAUUUAAAUGAAGAAAAUACGUAACAAAGACUUUUGCUCUUAGCAGAGCAGGGGGGUUCUUUCCAAAUUGCUGCUAACAAAUACAGUUUGAGGAGGAGAGUGUACACAGGCAUGGUCAACUUGAACACUGCAGGAUGUUCAGAGGGGAAGAGAAGCCCAAACUGUGCUGAGACCUGUGUGGUGUCUUGUUUCCUGGCAGCAGCACCGUGCAUAGCAUUAGCCAUGCGGUAUCACGGUUACACCUCGGGAAUGCAAAGAACUUACUGCUCUGUUUUCUGUUCUGAAGGUAUCUCAGGAUGUGAAUUGACAGUCUGGCUGCAUGGCUGUCCUGAAUAGCCCUGCUAGAUUCUGAUGUGUGUUCUUACCUUCCUGUCAGCUCGUGUUGCACGUAAGCUGGUUUGUUUUGUUGGUUUUUUUUCCCCCUGGAAAGGGCCUGUGUGGAGGACCAAGGACCAAAUGUGUCAGAUUUUCAGGUGAGAGACUGUAAGGGCUAAAUAACAGAAGCGUGUGGUGUCUUCAUCCUUCUGACAUAUAUCCAGCAAUGUGGACAGAAAAUAAAAUUGCAAUUGGUCAUUGUAAGAAUGCUUUUCAAUCCCCCUCCCCCCUCAUCGUCCUGUUGCUCUCUCUGGCACAAAUGCAAAAGAUGACUAAAAUCCAGGCUGCCCUUGAUGAAGAGUGAAAUAGUUCUCAUCUGUGUGUGUCUGACUAUGGAGUUUGUAUGUAGGCAUUGUGUUUUAUCAGUAUUUUGUUAGUGUAGUUUAGGGCUGCUAGAGAACUUGCUUCUAAAUGCUUAUGCUUGGAAUGUUCUGUCAGUGUGUAUGAUUGCUAGCUUUGAAUACACUGUAUAGAUGCAGUUUGCUCUGCUUGUCACCUGAUCCAUCAUUUUCUGUUGAAUGUAAAUGUAACAGUAGCGUGUUACUCCUGAGUUUUAAAGUUGCCAGCUAACAAGAUGGAAAAGUGAAGAACCUUUUACUCCAGACCUACAGGUUUGUGUUAUAACACAUGUAGGAGAUGAAGUGAAAGGCUAUUAAUGGAAAUGAGAAGUUUUUUCAUUUCCUGACUUCUGCACAUUUUGAUAGCUUAACUUAAAUUUCCGUUAUUGUAACAGAGUGCAAUGUGUAACUUCAGGGUUUCGUCUACAUUAAAGCAAAAAGAAAACAAGCAGAGGUGGGGAAAGAUUUUCAAGAUCUUCAUCAGUAAAGACAGCUGAGUUAUCUUAUCUGUGCCUAUGGCAAAUUCUUUCUCCUUGUGUUUGGGGAAACAAGCAACAGUCUUGGAGUUGUCUUCAGAAAAACAUCUAGGGGAGAUCAUUGUCUUAAAGCUACAGAAUUCUUUGUGUUGAUAAAAUGGUGAAGAUGGGUUGAUUUAGUUCACUAAAAACUUCUAAAGGAAUAAAUAAACAGGUCUGCACUGAG